AAAUAAUUGUUCAUUUCUUUAGGUUUGUGACUGCCUCCAAAGUCAUUUUAAUGGCAAGAGGCCUUCAGAGGAUUGUUGCCCGCAAUCAAGGAAAUCCCUCCAUCCAUGAACCUGUUAAAAAUCUCGUGGACAGCCUGAUGACCGAAAUGUUGAAGAGGUUCAGUAAAGUGGAGUACAUCGAGAAGCUUGCUGAUGCUACCUGCUUGGACCCGAGGUUCAAAAAGCAAGCCUUUGUAAACAGCAAAGUAGCAGACGAGGCAGUGAAGAGAAUUACAUCUGCUGUAGCACAUGUUAACCCCCUCCAUAGGGAGGAAGAGGAGGAUUCACAUUCUGCUACAGCUGCCAGUGCAGGGGCCAUGUUUUGGGAGGACUUUGAUGAGAGGGUUGCAAGCUUGAGGCCUACUACCACACCAACUGUCUCUACUAAUGCCAUGAUGGAGAUGCGGGCUUACCUUGCAGAGCCACUUUUACCCCGCACAUCAGACCCUCUGGCAUGGUGGAUGAAGUGUUCACCUGUCUACAAAGGCCUCUGUGAGGUCAUGAAGACAAGACUGUGCAUUGUGGCCACAUCUGUGCCUUCUGAGAGAGUUUUCUCUAAAACGGGGCAGAUAAUUUCAGAUCGGAGAAACAGGCUCAGCCCAUCCAAGGUCCGGGAGCUUGUUUUCUUAAAUGCAAACCUGCCUUAGAGCAGGCCCUAAACUGCAGUUUUGUACAGAAUGUUCCUUUGAUUUUUAGUGUUA